AUGGUAGUGCGCAGGCCAGUCGUGCGGGUGCCACGCGUCAAGGCGCCGCGGAAGCAAACCGAACCGGCCGACUCGACGCUUGACCGGCUCAAGGAGGCGAUUCAGCAGAUCCAGCAACACAACGUCUCGCAGCUCUCGUUCGAGGAGCACUACCGAUAUGCCUACAACCUCGUGCUGUACAAGAAGGGCCACCUCUUGUACAACGCCGUUGCGGAGCUCAUCUCAGCCCACCUGGAAAAGGAGACGCGAGACAAGAUCGUUCCGACCUUCCCCCAUUCAACUACCGCCAUCGCAUCGACGAGCGGGACUCAGGCGGGGACAGGCGGUGCGGCGAGCGAGAAUGUUGCGGCGGCAGCUGCGGGACAGCUGUUCUUGGACAGGCUGAGGGACGCCUGGGACGACCACAUCGCGUGCAUGAGCAAGCUGCGGGAUGUGUUGAAGUACCUGGACAAGGUGUGGACGAACCCGAGCAGCGGUGUUCCUGCCGUCUACGACCUCGGCCUGUCCCUCUUCUUCCACCACGUGGUCCUCUUCUCGACAAACCCGAAACCCGCUCCUCCCGCCAACUCCCGCGCGUCGACUUCUGCUCCUGCUCCUCGACCUACGACCGACCCGUCGACCGUCGCCCACCACCUCCUCAACACCCUUCUCAACGUCAUUCGCAUCGAGCGCGAAGGCGAAGUCGUCUCACGCUCGGCCAUUCGCAGCGCAGUCGGCAUCCUCUCCCGCCUGAUCGACGAGGGACCCGUCCCUCUGCCCGUCCAAGCUUCGCAAGGGACCGGCUCAGGCUCGCCCGUCAUCAGCUCGGGUGCAGCAGCGGCGCGACAGCGAACGGUGAUGGGCGAAGGACCGCCCGGAGCGAAGGAGAGUCCUUACAAGACGGCGUUCGAGCAAGCGUUCUUGAAACAGACGGAGGAGUUCUACGCUCGUGAGAGCGCGCGGUUGCUCAUCGAGUGCGAUUGCCCAAGCUUCCUACAGCGGAUCAACCGACGACUCGAGGAAGAGUCGACGCGCGCGCAGUCCUACCUCAACGCCUCGACCGAGCCCCUCCUCAUGUCGCUCCUCGACAAUGUUCUCAUCGAACAGCACCUCUCGUCCAUCCUCGAGCAUCCCGCAUUCGGCCUCUCCACCCUCAUCCAAGACUCGCGCAUCGACGAUCUCAAGCUGCUGUACACCCUCUUCGGACGCGUCGGAAAGGGCCACCCUACGCUUCAGGCGGGCGUCUCGGCGUGGAUCGUCGCUAUCGGGAAACAAAUCAACGAGGGCGUCUCGCUUGCGCCUGAGCCUGACACGCGUGCCGAGGAUGCGAAGGGUAAGGGGAAAGCAGCGGACGAGGGCGAGGGAGCGAAGAAGAAGCCUGAAGCGGGAGGCGCGAUCAAUGCCAAGACCAAAGCGGCGCUCGCGUGGGUGCAGAACGUCCUCGACCUCAAGGACAAGUUCGAUACGCUGCUCGUCAAGGCAUUCGCGAGCGACAAGGCGUUCGAGAAGUCGAUCAACGAUGCCUUCUCCGUCUUUGUCAACGAGAACCGCAAGUCGCCCGAGUACAUCUCGCUCUUCAUCGACGACAACCUGCGCAAGGGUCUCAAGGGGAAAACCGAGGCCGAGGUCGACGAGGUCCUCAACAAGUCGGUCGCGCUGUUCCGCUUCUUGACCGAGAAGGACGCCUUCGAGAAGUACUACAACCAGCACCUCUCGAAGCGCCUGAUCAACCAGCGGUCGGUCUCGGACGACGCGGAGCGGAGCAUGCUCGCCAAGUUCAGGGUCGAGGCGGGUCACCAGUUCACCAAGUCCGCCGAGGGCAUGAUGAAGGACGUCAAGGUCUCGGAGGAUACGCUCGAGGAGUACAAGCGCUUCCAGGACAGGGCUGUCAUCAAAGCGCCGUUCGACAUCGAGCCCAUCAUCUGCGGCUCCAACGUCUGGCCGUUCUCCGCAAAGGACAAGACCUGCACGCUCCCGAAGGUCCUGCAAGACGGCAUCAAGUCGUUCGAGACGUUCUACAACCAGAAGCAUUCGGGUCGCAAGCUCACGUUCAUGCCCGACCAAGGCAGCGUCGAGGUCAAGACGAGGUUCAAGACGAGGACACAUGAGCUGAACGUCUCGACUUAUGCGAUGGUCGUGCUUGCGUUGUUCGAGGGUCUCGGGGAUGACGAGAAGCUGAGCUAUGUCGACAUCGCCAACUCGACAAACAUGCUCGCGCCCGAACUCAAGCGGACUUUGCAAACGCUCGCCUGCGCCAAAUACAAGGUCCUGACGAAGCACCCGAAAGGCCGGGACGUCAACGACACCGACUCGUUCUCGUUCAACUCGGCUUUCACGGCGCCCCUUGCGAAGAUCCGGAUCCAGACGGUCGCGGCGAAGGUUGAGACGGAUGCGGAGAGGAAGGAGACGGAGAGCAAGGUCGAUGAGGCGAGGAACACUCAAUGCGACGCCUGCAUCGUGCGGGUGAUGAAGGACCGCAAGCAGCUGCAGCACAUGGACCUCGUCAACGAGGUGAUCCGCCAGCUCUCGCACCGGUUCCAGCCGACGCCGCAGAUGAUCAAGAAGUCGAUCGAGCGGCUCAUCGAGAAGGAGUACCUCGAGCGCGACGACGAGGACCGCAAGAAGCUCAAGUACAUGGCCUAG